AUGUUGAGAGCAGGGAAGCCGCUUCCAAGCGUUGUUGUUCGCCGUCAUCUUUCGCAAACAUUAAGGGCUAGCCAAGGAAAUCCUAGAUCGCCGCUGCAAAUUUUCCGUGAAACGUUCAAACAAGAAUGGAAGAAAUCUCAAGAGCUUCAAGACAAUAUCAAAGCUCUACAGGAUGCAUCUGGUAAGCUAGGUGAGUCUGAGGCCUAUAAAAAGGCGAGAGAAGCGUAUUUGGGUGCGCAAAAGGGAUCUACAAUUGUAGGCAAGACCUUGAAGAAGACCGGUGAUACAGUGGAAAAGGUAGCUACAAAAGCCUGGGACUCAGAGAUCAGCAAAAGCACAAGAAAGGUUAUCAACCACACUGCCACCCGAUUGGAUGAGUCGUUCGAGCCAGUGAGAAAAACUCAGGUGUACAAGGAUGUAUCCGAGGUUAUGGACAGCGGCAAUAGUUCACGUUAUGGUGGUUUCAUUUCGAAAGAGCAGAGAAGACUGAAGCUAGAACAGGACAUAGCCUCUGGAAAGAGGCCAAAGGCUAUCAGAAGCAAUGAUGAUGCAGGCACAGCGCUUGUGGCUACCGAAAUCGAGGCUAAAGAGAGCUUUGGUAAGAAAGUUGACGAUUUCAAAGAGAAGACGGUGAUGGGCAGAAAGCUGCAAGAUGCUAAAAACAAGCUGUGGGAUGAAAGUGAAAACCCUCUGAUAGUAUUGAUGCGGACGAUUAGUGGCAAGAUAGGUGGUCUCUUUGCCGAGACCGAGUCUGCGCGCGUUAUGGGUCAAUUCAAAAUGAUGGACGCCAACUUCAAUAGUGAAAACUUCAUGAGUCAUCUCAGAGAAUAUGUUAUUCCUGAGGUGCUUGAAGCAUACGUCAAGGGAGAUGAAAAGAUUCUCAAACAAUGGUUUAGCGAAGCACCUUACAAUGUAUACGCGGCACAACAAAAAGCGUUCCGGGAACAAGGUCUGUUUGCCGACGGUCGCAUUCUUGAUAUCAGAGGCGUCGACAUUGUAAGCGCGAAGCUAUUGGCUCCCCAGGAUUUGCCUGUGCUAGUUGUGGGUUGCAGAGCGCAAGAAAUCCACCUGUACAGAAAGGUCAAGACUGGCGAGGUGGCCGCUGGUACGCAAUCUAAUAUUCUCAUGAGUUCUUACGCUAUGGUGUUUACCAGGGAUCCAGAGAACAUUGAGGACAAAGAAACUGAAGGUUGGAGGAUUCUCGAGUUUGUCCGUGGUGGCUCCAGACAGUUCACAUGA